AUGGAGAGCCAGUUUUUUGGCACUGAGUUUGAAAAUAUAACUAGAAAGUGGGAGGCAAAACAGAAUGACAGGGGAGUUAUCUACUAUGUAAACAGUACAAAACAGACAACAAGCUGGAACCAUCCAUACUUCAACAAAGUACUUGAAGAUUUGGGUCAAUACAAAAACAUUAAGUAUGCUGCCUAUCGCACGUCCCUCAAGUUGAGAUAUCUACAGUCCCACAUUGGAUGUAA